AUGGAAGAUAGAGUCAAUUUAAAAGAUGAUCUGGCAAUUUUAAGGGACAUGUAUCCAGAGCUUGUUCUCGAUCAAGAUGAAAAGAGUAUAAAUACAAAUAUUCAGAAUGUUGUAAGUGGAUAUCUCCCGUUUAAGGUGUCUCUACAUAAUAAUUUAAGUGUUUCAUAUGAAAAGGAGCUACUGACGUUUUCGAGUUUUCUAUUAGGUGUUUUACAAUUCAAGAUCGAUGUUGCUAAAUAUCCCAGUCUAAAAGAUAGCCUAGAAUUAAACUUUAUUUCGGAAUGGAUGACAAAGGAAGAUAAAAAUAUCAUUAUAUCAAGUUUAGAUGAACAAUUUGGGGAUUUGACAGACCCAACUUCUGAUAUUUAUGAUCCUUUUACCCCUAUAUUAAUGUUAUUGUUCAGUUACCUAACUGAUGAGACAGCCUCAGUUCUCUUCCCUGAUAACGUUAAAAAAUGUUUAACAUUAGAAGAGUAUCAAAUUUUUAAGAUUAUGAAGAGUACAAUCCAGAAGGAAGAAGCCUCCAAAAAAAAUUUUACAUGUUGCAUAUGCAUAGAUACUAAAAAGGGUACGAAUAUAAUUGAGCUUCCCUGUAAGGAAGAAACCAAACAUUAUUUAUGCGAACCAUGUGUAAAAUCAUACUACUCUGAAAUGAUUAAAGAAGGGAACAUGGAUGCAGUACGAUGCCCAGAGUGUAAAUAUGAAGAAAUAGUCCUAGAUUCCUUCAAGGAUUAUACAUUGUUAAAAGAAACCUUAUUCACACCUGCUAUUCCGUUUGAAUUUUUUGAUAGAGUCUUAAGUGAGGAGCUAUGUACUAAGUAUAGAGAGUUAUUUCAUUCGUAUUGUGCCACCAAGUUGUCAAAACACAGUACUUCAGCAUGUAUUCCUUGUAGGCGAUGCAAUACAUGGUGCGUUAAAGAUAACUUGGACGAUGCAAUGAUCAGUUGUAAAACCUGUUCUUUUGUCUUUUGUUUCAAUUGUUUACAUUCAUGGCAUGGUUAUAAUAAUCUAUGUGGUGCUAAAGUCACAAUUCCAAGAGAAGUAAUAGAGGCAUAUAUAGAUGAGGAUGGUAUACUAUCAGAUGAUGCAAAAAAAGAAAUGGAGGUGAAAUAUGGUAAGAAACAGUUAGCUACAGAUGUAAGUGACUAUCUGGCAGAUCAACUAUUAGAUUUGGCAAUUGCUGAAAAGGAUUCCAACUUACAAAGAUGCCCUCACUGUAGAAUUGUAGUACAAAGAAGUGAAGGUUGUAAUAAAAUGAGAUGUGCUGUAUGCAACUGUUUAUUUUGUUUCAUCUGCGGUACCUUGCUAUAUCCUGAGGAUCCUUAUGAACAUUUCAGGGAAGUGUGGUCGGAGUGUUACGGUAGGCUAUUUGAAGGUAUGGAAGGAGUUGAUUCUUGA